CCUCCUCUAUGAUUGCAUGUUAUCGUGGGAUUCUGUCGUGGCCUCCACUGAGAAUUCCGUCUCUACAUUUCGAAGUCCCUCACCAUCUUUUUGUGGGUCGCGGUCAUCUGUCCUGUGUUUGUUUCGGUUGUCGUGUGGCCUUCGGUGGUGUGGUGGUGUUGGACUUCCUCCUCUCCAUGGCUUUGAUUUGUGCAAAUUUGGUGGACAGAGAUGGUUAGAACCAGAGAUGGAUCAUCUUAUCAUGGUGAGACUUUUUCUUCUCGUGGUGAGUCUUCAUCUCUGUCACAUUCUAAAAGGAGAAGACCUACGACAUUUACUCGUAGAAGACGCGUUCAAGAAAGUCAUGUGGACGUGAUUGAGGAGCAUGAGCAGCAUGACAGGGGUAUUCAACACGGUUAUGUUGAGGACGAUUAUGUUGAACACGAGGAUGUUCAGCAAGAGGAUGUUUGUGAAGAAGAAGAUGAAGAAGGUGGAUUCCUAGGAGGUCCACACGACACCUUCUUGCUUACUCACUACAUCGACCAUGUUGCAUUUGCCAUAUGGAUCGAUGGGAGAUGAAGGUGAUCUCCCAUGAUAAAAAACUAAAACACUUUGGAAUGUAUCAUGAGGCUAUUGAGCCUUUUAACACCAUGUCGGGCUUGAGUUCAUUAGUCAACUUAUCAUAUGAGUAUGUCGAUCAUGGAUUAAUCGUGGCCCUUGCAGAGAGGUGGCAUUUGGAGACAAAUAGUUUCAACCUCCCGGUAGGUGAGAUGUUGGUUACAGUAGAUGCCGUCCACAAUCUCCUCCACCUACUUAUUAUGAGUUAGUUUUGUGAGGUCGAGGACUUAGAGUAUGAGGAGGCUCGAUCUCAUAUUAUGGAUUUGUUGGGCGUGGAUCGCGCCAAAGCUACAACAGAGAUGACCCACACACGCGGUCCAAAAGUCAGGCUAAGCUGGUUGAGGGACGUCUACCAGGAGUGUUGUGACCAGGAGCUUUGGGAGUGCGCUACUCGUGCCUACUUGUUGCAUCUGGUUGGAUGCACAAUAUUUACAAAUAAGAGUGGCAUGCUCAUCAGAGUAUCGUACCUACUUCUCUUUAGAGACUUGGCUGCCUAUGGGAGAUAUGCUUGGGGAGCAGCGACACUAGCUCAUACAUACGAGCAACUUGGAGAUGCUAGCUUUAGUGAUAUCAGACAAAUAGUUGGAUAUUCCACUCUUCUAUAGGUAAAACUUAGUUACGCAAAUUUGUUUUCAUAUGUUUUGAGAAUGUUAGGAAUGUAUAACACAAUUUGAGUAAUGUUUUUGUAAAGUUGGAUAUAUGAGCACUUUCCUAUAAUGGGAAGGAAGCAAGUCUCAAGGAGGUACAACGAAAUUGAUCCUCGUGUUGCAAGGUUCAUACCUCCUAGGCAAGGUUGGAGUUUGACAGAGGGGCGGACAUAUCUAGAUGGACUCACUUAUGAUGCAUUCAUUUGGUGUCCAUUCAUUGCACAUAGGCUUAUUUGCCCAUUCAUGGCCAUAUGCAUGUUUUCUGGGUGGAUCCGACUAGGUAACAUGGUUCACCGACAUCUGCCUGAACGUGUGUUAAGGUAGUUUGGUUUUCAGCAAAUCAUACCACGUAGCCCUGAGACUCUUCCGAUGCCAGACAUUCCUGGUAUUGAUCACUAUUGGCUACGGUAUGUUGAGCAUGCUAUUACUGACGUGAUUCCAGCCCCUGACGAUGAUCCAUUUGUGUGUGUUGUGGGAUACCUUUAGUGGUAUAGGAGGGUAUCACAUCCCUACAUCAUUCUAGCCCCUGACGAGGACCGCCUUAGUCUUGCCCCGCGCAUGAGGCGACACAUCCCCGAUGAGUUCCCGUAGCCAGUUCGUCGUAGGUCGCCCGAUCCUGGAUGGUUGGUAUGUGAUGAAACAAAAUUUUUAUGUAUUACAAGAUAUUCUUAAUCAUGGUUUACUUUUGUUUAAAGUUAUCGUAAUUUUAGGGUUUUAUGAGGCGUGUCAUCAGGAUCCUACAGAGCAUGAUAUCGUGUAGGAACGUCACAGAGGGUACUGUAGCGUGGCAUCAUACUAAUGAGGCCCUCCAGGUUGCUCGUAGGUCAGUUGACGAGCAUACAACCAGCAAUAGCAGUAAAGGCGGUCGUAAUGUGCAUGGACAAGUAUCUUUUUCUUGACACACCUUACA